UUGAAAGUUUCCCGUUUAUCCCACAACUUACAACACAUAUUUCAGAAAAUUGCUCCGCCCCGCUGAGCCCCGUUCCUCCCUUUGCUUUGUGCGUUUUUCCAGGGCUGCGCGGGGUGAAGUUGUGGGGAAAAGUUCACCAUGGAGAUUUAUUUUAUUUCAACCAUUUUAGCGGGCGCUCUCAUCCUCCCACUCGCCCUGAAAACCUGCUUCCCCUAUCUGUGGACGGAUCUCCGACACGUCGGGGUUUUCUUGCGGAUUUUGUUCAAGUACGUAGCGAUCCGCAGAAGGAGACCUCCCUUCUUCGCCCUGGACCGCUUCUUGGAGCGGAGCGCCGCGCUCCCGGACAAACCCUUCAUAGUGUUUGGAGACGAGGCCUACACGUACGCAGACGCGGACAGGGCGAGCAACAGGAUAGCCAACGCGCUGCGGUCUCAGCGCGGGUACGAGGCCGGAGUCAGCGCCGCCCUCUUCAUGGGCAACGAGCCCGGCUUCUUGUUUACCUGGCUGGCUCUGGCCAAGCUUGGCUCCCCCGUCGCUCUCCUCAACUACAACAUCCGCAGCAAGUCUCUGCUGCACUGCUUCAACUGCUGCAAGGCCAAGGUGCUGAUAGCAGCUGCAGAGCUAAAAGAGGCGGUGGAGGACGUGCUGCCCUCACUGAUGGAGCAGGGAGUCACCGUCCUCCUGUGGGCCCAACGCUGCGACACUCCAGGAAUCGAGAGCUUCUCGGAUAAAGUGGAGGCGGCCUCGGACACGGCGCUCCCCCCAUCGCUCAGGUCCCGUGUCACGCUCAGAAGUCCUGCCGUCUACAUAUACACCUCCGGCACUACCGGUCUCCCUAAGGCAGCUUUGGUCGACCAGAAUCGCCUCCUGUCAGCUCUGGCCGUUGUAUCUACGUACGGUGUAACAUCCAAGGAUGUAGUGUACGUCAAUCUGCCUCUUUACCACACAGCAGGGUUUGUCGUCGGGUUUUUGGGCUGCAUCGAAACAGGGUCAACUAUAGUUCUAAAAAGAAAGUUUUCUGCCUCUCAGUUCUGGGACGACUGCAGGAAAUACAACGUGACUGUUGUUCAGUAUAUUGGAGAAGUGAUGCGCUACCUCUGUUGCACCCCAAAGAAAGACAAUGACAAAGACCAUAAAGUAAGACUGGCCAUUGGCAAUGGUCUCCGAGCAGAAGUCUGGAAAGAGUUUCUCAAUCGCUUUGGAAACAUCCAGAUUUUGGAGUUUUAUGCCUCCACUGAGGGAAAUGUAGGAUUUCUCAACUACGCAGGGAAAAUGGGAGCUGUUGGACGAGUUCACUUUAUUCACAAGAAGUUGUUCCCCUACAUACUUGUGAAGUACGACACAGAGCGCGACGAACCGAUCCGAGACGCUAGCGGCCUCUGCGUCGAGGCCUUGAAAGGUGAAACAGGACUGCUGGUGUCAAAGAUCACAGACAUUGCUCCUUUCGUCGGAUAUGCCGAGAAUGAAGAACAGACGGAGAGGAAAAAGCUGCGCAACGUCCUCAAAAAAGGAGAUCUGUACUUCAACACCGGUGACCUCAUGAGGAUCGAUAAAGACAACUUCAUUUACUUUCAGGACCGUGUUGGGGACACCUUCAGGUGGAAAGGUGAGAAUGUCGCGACGACGGAGGUGUCCGACAUCCUCUCGAUGAGUGACUGUCUGCAAGAGGCCAACGUUUAUGGAGUCCAAGUGCCAGGCCAUGAGGGGCGCGUAGGAAUGGCAGCUGCGACGUUGAAGAGAGAUGCACAGUUUGACGGAAGCAAACUGCAUGACCACGUGGUUAGCUACCUGCCUUCAUAUGCACGGCCUCGCUUUAUAAGGCUGCAGAGUGCAGUGGAGGUCACGGGUACUUUUAAGCAGAUGAAAGUGAAGCUCGUGGAGCAAGGGUUCGAUCCAGAACAGAUCCAGGAGCCUCUUUACAUCCUCGAUGAUCGCGUUAGUAGCUACGUACCGCUGACAGCUGAGAUCUACAGCUCCAUCCUGUCAGGACACGUCAAGUUGUGAGGAGCUUCACUGGCCAGGUCCCGUCCUGUGACCUCGGCUCUAAGCAGGAAGCUAUAAUUACAGGAAGUGAGGUAACUCUUCCUCCUGAAACACAGAUAAGUUCAGCAAAAUAAAAUGCACACAUUAAAUGAUCAAACAAUAAAUA